UUCAGGCCGGAAUCAGUCCGCACCGAAGGACCCAGAAACGCAAAGCUAGAGAAUAUGGGUUUGGCGCUCUGAGGAAGAUAGACAUAGAGAGAGAUGGCGAGAUCGGCGAUUCAGCGCUUGGCGCCGUACUUGGUAGGCCGAAUCCGAGAGAACCAGAGGCUUCUAAGCUCCGUUUCUUCGUCUUCUGUUCUUGACGAACUCCUUCCAUCUUCUUCUUCUUCAUCAUCUCCGUCUCCUUCCCUCGAUGCCCUUCAAUUGACUGAAAAUUGCGUCCGGAGAAUGAAAGAGCUGCAAGCUAGUGAGGCAUCGGCUGAUGAAAAGAUGCUACGGUUGAGUGUGGAAACUGGUGGAUGUUCUGGGUUCCAAUAUGUUUUCGAUCUGGAUGCCAAAACCAACUCGGAUGACAGGGUUUUUGAGCAGGAAGGAGUUAAGUUGGUGAUCGAUAAUAUUUCUUAUGAUUUUGUAAAAGGGGCAACCGUUGAUUAUGUUGAGGAGCUAAUCCGUGCGGCUUUCGUGGUGACAGAAAAUCCAAGUGCAGUGGGUGGGUGCAGUUGUAAAAGUUCUUUCAUGGUGAAAUAGUAGCAUCCUUGCCAAGUACCUUUCCCCCCUCCCUCGUCUUUCCGGCACAGCGAAGAGUUCAUUCGAGUUUAGCCCCCAAUUGGUUAUUACUUCACUUAUAUAUAUAUAUAUAUAUAUAUAUUUCCAAUAAUAACCAUUUGAGCAAAGAAAUUGCCUAUCUUUGUAGAAUGUCAUUGAAUGUAGGAGAGUAACCUGUAACCACACACCUGUCAUUUAGCUAUUUUCUUGUAUUUUGUUUAACUUUCAUCAUUGGAUGGAAUUUUAUAUGCUUAUCGGUCUUACAACUUAUUCAUGGUUGUUGACCCUGAUGUUUGUUCGUUAUAAAUCAAAAAUUUAUUAUUUUAUGGAAGGAUUUCAAAA